AUGUAAAAAUAAACAGAAGAACUAGAGUUUCUCCUCAAGAAGAGUCCUCAACACAGAAGCAAAGCUGAAAUCGAUUUAUUGGUGCAAUUAACCUCUAAACUCCCAUUUUUUAAAUAAUACAUGAAGCAAGAAAAUGGUUUAUAAAUACAAAGGAAAUGUUGCAAAAGUAUGUACUGCGAAAAAUUCAAAGCAAAUGAAAUUGUAUUCCACAUCGACAGUGUCGGUACCAAGUUUUACAUCAUUUUGGAUGGAUCUGUCACUGUAUUAGUCAGAAAAACAACUCAAUCUGAAAUGGAGGCUGUUAGAGUUCUUAAUGGUGGAGAAUCUUUCGGUGAACUAGCCCUGUUACACAAAUAACCAAGACUUGCCACCAUUUCAUGUAAUACAGAUUGCAUUUUCGCCGUCUUGGAUAAACACUAAUUUAAGCAUAUUUUAUAAGAAGAAUAAUAAAAAUAACUGGAUUAAAAUAUUGAUUAUUUUUCAUAAAUCAGAAUAUUUUCACAUCUCCAUAGAACCCAACUAAAACAUAUCUAUUUGAAUUCUUUUCUCUAUGAAUUUGAAAAGAAUCAAGUUGUCAUCAAAGAAGGACAAAAAGCGGAUUAUUUCAUAUUGAUCAAAUCUGGAAGUUUUCUUGUUAAAAAAAUAAUGAAACCCAAUUAAAUAAAUAUCAAUCUCUUUGAAAUUGGAGAACUGCAAGUGUUUGGUUUCUAUCAUCUUAGCAUUAACAUACCAUAUGAAUAUUCUCUUGUUUGUAAUACAUCAAAGGGCUAUGCAUACAAAAUUAAUAGAACCUCCUUGGUCGAAAGAAUGUUCGAAUAAUAAGGUGAUGAUCUUAAACAAAAUAGAAUUGAACUAUUGUAAUUGGCUGAUUUACGGACAGAAACAGAAAUCAAAACGGCGAACAUUUAUCCACAAUAUUUUAGGAAAAGAAUCCGCACUGAUGUUAUCGAAGAACAUUCACAGGUAACUUAACCCAAUAAAAAUGCUAAACUGAAUCUAUUUUAGUAUUAAAAUCAAAAGAAGUAGAGAAUGAAUCAAUUUAAAUUAUAAAUGGAUCUUUAGUCGUUAAAAUUGAGGAAAAAGCCAAUUAAAGUACCUUAAUAAGUUUCACCACAUACUCAAUCAGAUAUAUUUCUAAAGCCUCAUCAAUAUUAUAACUUUAUACAAUAAGAAACAGAGUCUUAGAUGUAAUAAUAAUAAUAACAAUAAUAACAAUAAUAAUAAUAACUAAUUAACUACUCUAAAGUACCAAAAAAGUUAUUGAUAAAAACUCAUUUGGCUGAAGAAUUUACGGAAAAACUAUCUUGCGAUAGUCCUUUAAGUACAACUUAAACAUAAAUGAAAAGUGUAAAUGGAUUAAAAAAAAUGAUAUUACCCAAUCAGCAAAAUAGAAUAAAAUCUAGAACUUUUUAAUGCUAGUUGAGUUCGUCUUCACUCUUCAAAACUAUGAGUUGUGUGCUCUAACAACGAUACUAGAGUAUAACAUCCAACAAUCAUUAUCUCUGA